CUCAUGCUUGCAAAUCAGCGGGUCCUAUCCAGCCUCCGCGUCUGAGACAGCUUAGUUGUCAGCCGAAAUGAGAGCCAAAUUAAUUACCAGGACACCCUUGAGAGGACCCAUUUUUGGUGUAGUUGUUUACAGCCGGUAUCCGUCAAGCCUAGCUACUGUCAAAACGUCAGAAAAGUCGUCAGGAAAGUCGUCAGGAAUGGUGUCAGCAAAGGCUUGCACUAUUCCCCUUCGUAUAUUUUCCGAGAGGCAGGUCCCUCCAGAUCUUAUAAGAAGCUAGUGAUUUCCCCGCUAGGGGAUUAUCAGAUCAUGAACCCUCGCUCCUUGUUCUUCUACCAUAAUGACUGCUGUGUUCAACGCCACUUCUAACCCAAGCACCGAGGCUAAUCCAGAGCAAAAACAAAAGCUUCGCUCAGCCUGUAAUUGUUGUCACCAGGCGAAGGUGAAGUGCUCUGGAGGCUCUCCAUGCUUUCGGUGCGCAUCUAAGGAGCUGUCCUGUUGCUAUGGUUUCCAGAAUCGAGGAGGGAAACCAAAAGGAAGCAAGAAUCGAAAGACCAUUGCUAGGAUGCAGCAGAUGCGAUUAAACUGGCUGGCAGAACAGUUCGAACAGCCUCGGAAAGAUCAAUGUGAUUUGGAUUUCAAGUUCCCAGACUCCUUGGCCUUCUUGUCCAAUACAUCCCUCACUAAGGAAGAAUCUAGAAUGAUACCUCCUUCGCCUUCACCCCCCGAAAGCUCAACAAUUGACCCAAUCAACAAGCUUCCAACCAAUGAAAUCCUCAGUGACACAGCAUCUUCGCCUGGGAAUAUUGACCCUGGGAUAAUCGACAUGGGGGAUGUAAUCCAUACAGCGGGGAACAACGACUUCUCCAACCUCGCAAUACUGGAUACCCCUCUCUCAUUCACUGACGAAAAUUUCUUCUGCCAACACAGCGAUGGGACCACUCCUCUCGACCAAAAUAACCCAUUUAUCGACCCUAAUAUCCAAUACAGCUGUGCAUGUAUCCAGAACCAAGCCUCCAACGUGACCACGCUCCAUAAACUCUCCUCCCACCGAGCAGAAGUCUUUGAACGUGUCGAUUUGACUAUGAAAUCCAUCACAUCAACCCUCAACACCUGCACCCAAUUUUUCGGCUGCACAUUGUGCAAAAAGACUUACUCCUCUGUCUUCCUAACCCUUUCCGCCAUCCAUCUCAUCUUCCAACUAUUCGAGCUGCUUAUCGUGGGGCGUAAUGACAACAUGGAAGCCGUCGAUCCGCAGAAUAUUCUGUGCUAUCUUGGUGACUACGAAGUGAGCAAAGAGGAGGAACAGGCUAUUCGGAAAGUGCUACUAAAAAUGGCCCUGUCAAAAGGGAGCCACACCCUAGCAGAGUUACGAAAACUUGUUAAUGGGCAUGAGGGUUUGAUUUUAGAGGUCCCAGAUUCAGGUCUUUCUUGUGAAGGAAAUACUUUAAAUGACGCCCCUGGUGGUCUGUCAAAUUUUGAUCGAGAGUAUAUUAUUCAAUGCAUUACCCAAAAAGAGAAAGUGUUGGAGGCUUUCUUGACAUGUAUAGUUACUUAG